ACAAUAUAACGGGGACCGUGGUGUGUGUCCCUUGUUGUUUGCGAGUGAAUUUUGCGAUGUAAUAAUGUAAGUAACGGAACGGGACGUCGGAGCUUGUCGGCGCGACGCGUUCUGAACUCAGAGAAGAGAAACCGAGAUUUAUUUUAAGAAAUCACGAAAAUACACGCGCGAGCGCGCCUACUUUUGUCUCUUUCUCUUGGAGAAGCUCAGUCGUAGGUCGUAGACACUCGAUCACACAGUCAUGGCAUCUUGGGGAUACGUGUCGUUGGCGGCAAUUCUGAUCGUUAUCUGUUUAGAUGUAUCAUCCAUCGUCAGUGCGACCGUCCUAUUAUGGCCAUGGGAUGCGGAAAGGUAUUACGAUUUGGCGAGGGGACCUGUGCUUUACGAGCCGUAUUAUCCGAAUAUUCGCAAAACGGCCAAUCAGCAGAAACCAGUUGAAAACCACGUCGAUCGAAACGCGGUGUUAGAGAGAAGCUUUCAAGUGCCUUUCGAACGACUCGCGUACUCAGCCGGAAACGCGAAUCGCCGUGUCCCGGCGACUACUAAUGGAUCGCUCGUCGUAAUAACGGAUAACGAGAAUACUCCGUCGAACGAGCAACGUAGAGAAGAAGCGAUAAAAUCUGAACGCGAUUACGAUAUUGGGAAUAAAAUCGCGCCUUUUCAUCGACGUCCGAUAAUUAUCGACAAUUACAACGGGGAUCCGCAAAACGCGAACAUCGAUGGUAUAUCCAAACUCGUUAGACGAGCGAUCUCUCGCGAUCUGGAAAAUUGGAACGCUCUCGAGAGAUAUCUCGAGCGUGCCAACAACCAAAUUGAUCGGUUUCAGUCGGGAUUGUAUGAUUCUCGGGAGAUUAGCGAAGGUGAAAAAGGAUUUGGAAUAGAUCGACGAUCUUACGAUUCGUCCGAACAAUCGGAUUUCAACGUGUUGGACAAAUCGGAGACGCGUGAUGCGAACCGACCGUCUAAUUAUCUCGAAAAGAUCGUUAGCGAGAACGCAAUGAGCGACGCGCGAGUCGCGAAUGCUGCGUCGCCGAUUAUUUCCGAUUCCUUGCCGGCGGAGAAUAUCUUUGAACCGCGGCCCCAAGUGAUCAGAUACACGUUCUUCAAGAAACCGACGACCCAACUCGAGGAUAAGACGACAAUUGACACCACACCGCGUAAUUACGGCGACAAUCUCAUUCGCGAGGAGAUCGCCGAUAGUCGACCUGGCAAGCAGGAAGAAAAUGACAUCAAAGUGACGUCAAUCGAAAUAAGCGAAUUGCCGCGACACAAAACGCGUCAUCAUCACGGCGAAUGGGCCAAACGUGAUUAUUCCAAUCAUCGUCAUCGAUCGGAAUCUGGUGAUCGUUCGAUCGUUUGAUUUUAAGAAAAAAAAAAUAUAUAUAUAUAUAACCGAAUGAAGAGAAAGAACGAGAAAUCGGAGUGACAAUUAAUUGUUUCUGUGCAGUUUAUCUAUAUUUAACAAGAUUUUUCACAUGUAUACUCUCUUAUUUCAUACAUACAUAUAUAUAUAUAUAUAUAUUACUUAUUAAACAUCUAAUAUAUAGAACUCACGGAUUUCUACUAACUCAAAGCAUUUAUUGAAUAUAUAUCGUUGAAAAUACAUACGCACAACAAUUGUAUAUUUUCUUAUAUACUAUAGUUAAUAUAUAUAUAUAUAUACUAUAUACUAUAUAUAUAUACAAAAUAACAUAUCUUAUUUCUACAAAUCGUUUGCAGCAUCGGCUGAUUCUAAAUUAAAAAAAAUUUCUUCGUGUACUUCAAUUAAUGCAAAAGUGAAUUCAGUCUUAUCGAAUUGUCAGUGCAACUCAACAAAGUUAAUUAAUAUUUUUCUUAUUUACUUACAUUUUAUUACAUCUUAUUACGGACAGUUCAAUUUUUUUUAAACUAACAAUUUAAUUGUAGAUCAAAAAUUCAAUUGUAGAAUAAACAUUUCGUGCAAAAUAAGACAAUUUUCUAUAAUAUAUAUAUAUAUAUAAUUUAGGAAACCAAUUUUUACGUCUAUAAAUUUUCUCUUCUACAAGAAUAAUAUAAAAUUCUUCAUCGACUGUAAACGCAGAUUUUACAGGAAUGUUUGAACGCGUACACGUUCUGCGAUUUUAAUUCUAAGUACUUGGGAUGUGCUAAAUGUUGAGAUCUGAUAAUGAUGUAGUAAACCGGUGAAGUAAAUAUACCGUGACGUUUUUUACAAUACAAUAUUUAUCACGAAGAAUAAGUACAAGGAAAUCGUAAGUAUCUUUUUACAAAUUAGCCUACUCUAUUGGAACACAACCUUUUUUGGU